UCUGUGCGUCCGGAAGCAGCAUGGCGCCGUCAUGUUAGGCUGAGCAGUGUUAUGUUCAAAGUAUUUAGGUGAAAUUUGUUGACUGUGUAACGUUGAUGACAUGGAUAUAACAGAGGUAGACCGGGAAAGUCUGGGAAUAGAAGUUAUUUUUCCGCAGAGUGGUAACACAACGCCAUGUUGUCCGCACGGUCCAACUUUAUUAUUCGAGAAGGUCGGCAAAGGAAAGGACCAAGGAAGAAGGUUUUAUGCGUGCUCCGCCUGUCGAGACAGAAAAGACUGCAACUUUUUCCAGUGGGAAGAAGAAAAGGUGUCGGAGUCUCGGCUGCUGGCCAGGGAAGCAGAGAACAAGGCAAAGAGGCCUCCAUUCACGCAGCAAGAGUACUGCAGCAGGUUCUGUACCUUUGUCGGCCUCCCCGUUGGAGAGAGGAAGUUCUGUGAGGAUUGCCAGCUGCUGCUUCUGCCUGCAGAUCUUGGUUCUCACCUUGAUCAUAAAACCUGGUCCAUCACCGCAGCCCAGCUGAGAAGACCCAGCGUCCUGCUGCGUCCGCUGGACAACAAGAAGAGCAACGCCCAAUACCUGUUCACCGACCGCAGCGCACACUUCCUGCUGGACACCUUUGCUGCUCUGGGGUACAGGAAGGUGCUGUGUGUGGGCACGCCCAGGCUUCAGGAACUGAUCAAACUGAGGAAUCUGGAGCCAAAACACCAGGAAAUGAAGAGUCUGCUGCUGGACAUUGAUUUCAGAUACGCCCAGUUUUACAGUCAGGAUGAGUUCUGCCACUACAACAUGUUUAACCACCACUUCUUUGAUGGACAGGCCUCUGCUUCAGUCCUGAACACAUUUCUGGAUGGGGAGAAGGUGGUGAUGGUUGCUGACCCUCCGUUUGGAGGCCUGGUGAAGCCCCUAGCCAACAGCUUUUCUCUGAUAUCACAGACAUGGAGGAAACUGCAGACCUCAGACGCUGGUGGGGUCGACAUGCCCAUGAUGUGGAUCUUCCCAUACUUCUUUGAAGCUCGUAUCUUGGAGUGCCUUCCCUCCUUCUCCAUGUUAGACUACCAGGUGGACUAUGACAACCAUCCUCUGUAUAAACACGGGAAGACCGGCAGGAGGCAGUCUCCUGUGAGACUCUUUACUAAUGUAUCACCCAAAUGCAUCAUCCUGCCCAAAGAGGAGGGUUACAGGUUUUGCUCUGUAUGUCAGAGAUCAGUCUGGUCCCUGAACAAACACUGUGCCAAAUGCAACAUUUGUCCAUCUAAGGAUGGCCGUGAAUGGAAACAUUGCUCAGCGUGCCAGAAAUGUGUGAAACCAUCCUGGACUCACUGUCCCGCCUGCAGCCGCUGCGCCCUCCCUGACCACCCAUGUGGUCAGGCUAAAGGAAAGGAGGGCUGUUUUAGCUGCAGCAGCCUGGAGCACAAACACAAAUCCUGCCCUCUGAGAAAUGCACCCAGAAGCAGCUGGUCUAGACCUGAAGCCAAGGGGAGGGGCAGGAAAGUUUCUCAUCAUCCUGCUGUUGGGAGUGAAGGCAGGAGAAAGCGUGGAGCAGCUGGCAGGGCGAAGACAUGGGACGGGUUAGGGUUGGAUCAGUCUCCCUGAAGGAGGCAGCUGUGCAGCCUGCCGCUGUUUCUUCUGUUUAAAGCUGAAUGACUGUACAGUAUUUGAUGAUUAGAACAUUUAAAAUCCACUGUAGAAGAAGAGCUUGGCUUUUUCUUUUAUUAAAACCCUUCCUCUAUCUUCUUCCA